GCUGUUGGACUUGUCUGAUAUCUUCUCCUCUGUUGUGUGGUUUUCAUUAAUUGUCCACCGUGUCCUAUUUCCCCCCUUUAUUUCCUCCCUUCCAAAUAUCCUUUCCCCUCCUCUCCCUCUUUUCCCCUUUCCCUCCCCCUUUUUCCUCCAUCCUGUCUAUCAUCAACAGCAUUAUUCCUUGACAUCUUUGCUUCAUAUGGAUCAGCAUCCUUUCGUUUAGUAUGUUGGACAUCUGCCGUCUCUUCACCUCUCAUCAUUCACAAACUGACCUGCACUUAGUACAAAAUACUCUUUGGAAACAUUUGCAUUUGGAAUUAGUUGCAUUUGGGCUCUACCAAUGAACUUAGGAAGCAGUUACCAGCUUUGUUGAUGAAGCUUCUGCUAAGAUCUACAGCCCUGCACUACUGCAGAAAAGAGCAAUAAGCUUUGGUGUGGAUGACAGGACCUCACUGGUUAAGAGUACAGCAGAAAUUGAUGCUAACAUCCUUGCUGUACUGCCCAAAGUUUCAGAGCUAAGGAAGCAAUUUGAAACCUCUAUUAGAAGUAAUCCAGAAAUGAACAGGAAAGAGAGACUCGCACAAAGGUUAGAGGUGAUUGAGGCUGAUGUUCCACCUGCUCUUACUACAAGCAUGCAACAAACAGCUGGCCUGGUGACCAACCGACUUCUGGAGGAGGACACACCAUGCUAUACACGUGCUUCAGAUACCAGGGAUCCAGGAAUUGUGGUACGGCGCUAUAGCUGUGAUGAGAUAGAAGCUCCAGAGCGGCAUUCCAGAGCUCGUUCACAUCCAGAUCCACAGUUGUCCACCAAUCCUGAACCAGUCGGCCCUACCCCAGCAGUCUCUGAUGCAGCCAGCCUCAGCUCUAAAGCAGAGCGGAUUGCGCGUUACAAAGCUGAACGUCGGCGAGAGUUAUCGGAACGUUAUGGAAUCCUCCUCGACCAGGAGGUGGAUCUGGAUUACACACCACGCUACACACGUGCACGAAGAAAGUCUGACCUGUCGGACAAAGGGGCUCCUCCUGACAGGGGACGUGGUGAAAGCAGGAUGAGAGGCAGGGCAAUGCAAGAGCAGGGUGAGGGGCGGGACCGAAGCAGUAGCAGGUCUAAAUACAGCAGUUCAGGGAUAGGGCGGGUCUUCAUGCCUUCUGACCCCACCCCCAAUCCUGCUCCUCCUCCAUCAGGCUUUAAUUUAGAGCGAGAGAGAGAGAGGGCAAUGAACUUGGAAAAUUAUAGACGAGCACCUGACCCAAGUCCGAAACCACACCCACAGGAAGCUCCAGUUCCCAUAGAAACAACAACAGCCCAACGAAUGAGGGGUGUCGCUGUUGUCACUGUGGCAAGUUCUCCUAGGACAGCACGCAGAGCUUCAUUACCCCCAACACGAUAUGGCAUCUCUCCUGGAGACCUGUUCAUUGAGCAACAAGCUCAAAAUAUCCUCAACAGACAGGGCUUGGCAGCUCUCUCUCAGAGUGAGUGGUCCCUCAGGAGAGACCUGGACAGUGAAACAUACUCACAAAUCAACUGGCCAUCCAGAAUACGGGUAAGAGAGAAAGAGACUAUCUCGGGAAGAGGUUCUGAUUCAGGGCCAGAUGCAUCCUCUGUCAGACAUAAUCCAACAGUUGCCCCUCCAUAUUUAGCUCCACGACCUCAAUCUGCAAACCAACCACGAACACAAAGCUCCGAACCCCCAGUCCAACAAUCACAUCAGGGAGUGGAGACUCGUCAACAAAGGGUGCAUAGUGUGGAGCGGCCACGAUUUCAGCGCACACACAGUAUGGAUUCACCUGCCUUGCAUCACAUAACUUCAAGUGAAAUUGUUAAUCAUCAGCGUGCCCAAAGUGCAGAGCCCCCAAACUAUGAACAGAGUCCUGGUAUACACCCUAGCACCAUAAGUCAACAGCCUGGAUUUAUGAAAAUCAAGCAAUUUCUACCAAGGCAAGAUAGUCAAGAUGUUCAAGAACCAUCACAAAUGCACAGACCUUCCCAACAACCACACCCAGCUUACAAAUGUCUCCAGCAGCCAUCACCUGGUCCAAGAGAUGCCCCACCACAUGGACACAAGUUUCGGGCUAUCCUUCAACCAGUACCUUUGGAUCGGGAUACUUUACAAAGAGCUCAAGCACAUGCAUUUACUCAGAAACCUCUACAUGAACAUGAACACACCUUGCAUACACGUCCGUCACAUGGCCAUUAUGGUCACAGCCAACCUCUGCAGUAUGGUUCAGUCCAGGCACUAUCUCCAGCAUAUGGACAAAUUGUUCACUCAGCUCCUUCCUAUACACCUUCAAAUGCUCAUGCAGCUCACCCUGUUCCUGGACCUUCACUUGGUAAGUUUGAGAUGAUGGACCCCAAAGGACACUUGGCCGCACCUGGUUCAACAUCUGCUGACAAAGAGGGUGAAAAGACUAGACAGAGGGCUAGUGCGGAUCACAUUCAGACCAUUCAAAGAAAAGGUCGAUCAACGUCCAGAAAGGAUCCAGCCUCAGAAGGGUCACUUAGGAGCAGAAAGGCUGUGCUACCCUCAGAGAUCCGCCGCAGGCAAAAGAGUGUGGAUGAACCCAUGCGUGGACAAACUGAUGAAGGUUCGGAAAUUUGGAGAAUCAGAAGGAUCAGCCAGUCAGAGGAAACAGAGGGGAAAAGUGGAAGAAAGUUGCACCAGUUGAAAGAAAGGGAAGGGCCUAAUGGAAGAGGAAUUGCUCAGAUGGAGGAGGGAACAAUAACAGGAAAAAAGGUAAUAUGUCUAAUAAAUGACAAAGAACAGCAUGAUGACCGAAGAACCAGUCGAUCUGAAGAAAGACCGGUAGAUAAUGGCACAAAGAAUAGUUGGACAUGUGAAGAUGUGGUACGUGGUAUAAGGAAGAUUGAACAAAGAGAAGAAAACAAUCAUGGGGCUGAAAUUAAAAAAGAGGAAUGUCAAGAUAAUUGGAGCACUAACCAGUUUGAGUGGAUGGAACAAAGAGGUGUCAGCAAGGUUGACGGAUUCAAGGAAAGAGAAUGGGAAGUUGUUCGAAGACAAAGCCAAACUGUACAGUCGGUUGAACCACUGGUACAGGGUGAUAAGAAAACCAGUCAAAAGGUAGAGGAACAGCAAGAAGGCCAAAGUUUGCUGCAAAAGGAAUUGUCAGAAGGACGUGGUAGAAGACGACGGAUCAAUCUGUCAGAGAGUGAAGAAGGGCAUGUCAGACGAAGAAGGAUAAGCCAAUCAGAAGAUGAUUGGGAGGGACGUAGGGUACGUAAAAUUGGCCAGUUGGAUGAAUGGGAGGUGGAAGAAGUGCAUCGAAUGGGCCAGCCAGAUGAUAAAUUUGAAAGACAUGAGAAAGGAAAGCAGAGGUUAAACACACACCUACCUGAGGAAAUGGACACUGCUCCCACACAGCUAACCAAUGAGCAGCAUUUUCCACACCAUAAGGUGGGGGAUGUUGGAGGGUACUUGCAGAAAGGUUCCUCACUCCCACAAGCUCAACACCGAGUGAGUCAGGAUGCAGGUGACCUGAGACCAAAGGUGCGAAUCCGUUCCAUGUCAGAUUUUGGAGUAACUCAACGGUCUGCUGCAUUGAGAAUUCUGGAGUGUGCUGCCAGUCGAGAGUCUGCAAUGGUGAUGGAUACGGGGUUUCAUACUAGAGAGCAGAGUAGUGUUGCCAAUGGUGAAAGGGGAACCUUGGACACAAGAGUCUCUGUGGCAAAGCUGAGACAUUCCUACUUGGAGAAUGCUUCUGGACGCAGGCCAGAGCUGGAGUCUAAAGGAGAACAGGUUCCCACAGAGAGUGAUCCUGUUGCCAGCGGUGACCGCGAUAGAGGAGCACGUCGACUCAGACUUUACAUUUCUCCUGGUGAUGACAGGAAGUCAUCUGAGAGGUUUAGAACCCAGCCAAUUACAUCAGCUGAAAGGCUGGAAUCUGAUAGGUCCCGUAUUAGUCCAGAGCUUCAUCAUGCAGAAUUGGAUGAAGAAAAAAUGGAUGAACGAGCUAAAAUGAGUGUGGCAGCCAAGAGGUCUCUUUUCAGGGAGCUGGAGAAGACUUCAGAUGGAGGUGUCCCCAAACCUCGAUCACGCAAUGCUGCGAUUGAGCGAAGACUUAGACGAGUGCAGGAUCGGUCACGGACACAGCCAGUCACGUCACAGGAAGUUGUCAUUGCUUCUACUUCCCCCACUCCCCCUUCCCAAGUCAUCACUAUUCAAACCACUGCUCCCAGAAUCCCCAGUACCUCUGUUGUCAGCACUUCCAUGACUAGUUUCAGUCUGCAGGCAUCAUCAGCAAAUGGAUCGACCCACCAUGAGCAGGAGAAAGAAGAUGUUUCAAAGGAGGCGGUUCUGGGAGAAGAGGACUUGGGGCCUGAGGAGCCAGACUUAUCAACACUAAGCCUUUCUGAGAAGAUGGCAUUAUUCACUCGCUUGUCACAACCCGCUGACCAAUCAGCAAAUGGACCCCGUUCUGACACACGCCAGCGUAGAGCCAACGCCCGCUUUCAGACUCAACCUAUCACCCAGGGCGAGGUUGAUCAGCUGCAAAAUGGAAGCAAGAAGUUGGAGCCUCUCUCUGCAUCACUGGUCCGCUCUGUUACCGCGGUCACCGCCCAGACCUCUGUUGCCACGGUGACAAGUGCUUCCCCAUCAAUGACCACAGAUGUUCCCGUGGGGAUCUCCAUGGCUCUGCCCACCACUCAGGCCUCACCCAAUCAGGUGAUCUCUGCUCAAUUUCCAGCCUAUGAGAGAGGAGUUCAAUACUUCAGUCUUUCAGAGAGUGGGGAAAAAUGCACACCUGAUGUUCAGUCCCCACCCCCCACAGAGCAGCCUGGCCAAUCUGUGUACAGUAAGGAUGUGGGCGAUGAGAGUGGGCAGAGGGGAAGACUAGGGUAUUUAGGCAGAGAGGAGAGGAACACAGAGCUCCCCAGUGUGACUUCCCUUCCGCACACACAUGCACUCAGACACACACCCCCUCACGGCAGGGGAGACACAGAGCUGAGUGGCCAACGGGAGAGGGAAAAAGAGAGUACACCCGUCUCACAGGGAGGCUACCUCUCGCCAGACUUACACCAGACGGCAAGAGGAAGCGGUACCAGAACCAUCGUCUCAGAUGUCUCUGAUCCCAGCGUUCCCGUGACUACAGUGAGCACUUCUGCAGCCUCGUCCAAAUGUUCUUCACAAAUCUCUCACUCGGUCACUUAUCUCCAGCAAACCCAGUCCUACACAUCCCUGCAACCUCAACCAAAACCAGUGCAGCACCCUCAGAUCUACACACCGACCCACGCCCGACCCCAAACACAACCCUAUAGCCCGCCGACACUGCCACAAACACACCUCAUUUCUGAUUCUCAACCUCACAUACACAUUGACUCUCAGGCUCCAAGGCAAACCCAGCUGUACCCUGAACCCCUGCCACAGUCGCAACCCAAAAUACCCCCUCAAACCAAUCCAAAACCUCAGUGCUUCAUUCUACCUCAAACACAGCCCCAAGAAGAGAUCCUGGAGAAAUACGGCCCAUCUGGACCCAUCAUCUCCAAAGACCAAAAGCCAGAGAUCCACGAAGAUCCAGAGGCCAUGACAUCCAUAUCAAUCAAAGAGAGGUUGGCAAUGUUGAAGAAGAGUGGAGAGGAAGAUUGGAAAAACAGGAUCAAUAAGAAACAGGAAGUUAUACAGGAAGUGGUGUCUGUAAGCGAGAAAAGUUGUCAAAUAAUGGAGGAGCAAGGCUUUAAUAAAAAGAAACUUGAAGAGGAGGAGGGGCAGAUGUCCAUUGAAGAGAGGAAACAGAUGAUCUCGACGCGAGAGGAGGCGUGGCAGAGCACAGGGAAGGGCGUGGCCAAUGACGCUGUCCAAUACACUGUGGCUGCCAGGAUGGUGAAAAAAGGUCUGGCAGCUUCCUCUGCAGUGAUCAGCCCUAUUCUGUCUCCAGUCUCUGCUAAACUGAAGAGCAGUGUGCCGGCUAUCUCUAAACCACAGGAAGAAAUUGAGGCCAGAGCAGAAAUUGAGUCUGAUAAGAAGCUGGAAAAGCUGGAGAUGUUUUUGGGGCGUUUGAACAGUAAAGUAUCAGGUUUGCAGGAGACGACUUUGACAGUGACAGAGAAAGCCGUGAAGGAAGUGAUGCGACUGGAUGAUGAGAUCUUUUCUAAAUUUUACCGUCACAUGACAGAUAUUCCCCGCAGCAUGAGUAGCAGAAUGCAUCUGCAUGAGGACUUUGAUGCCAUCUUUGGAAAACAAACUCCAACGUUGACAUCGGUGAUGGUGCAGCACAAGCGGGCCGUCCGUCCCUCCCGUAAUGUCCAGGCCUCCAGGAACCCCUUAAAGAUUCUCGCUGCAAGAGAAGACAUCCAACAGGAGUACACUGAGGAGAGACUGAACGUGGGGCAGCUGGAGACCAAGAGAAUUAAACAGGAGAAAAUGAGCAACAGCUGCAGUUUGUCGGACGCAGCUCUGGCUGGUUUGGCCAGUAAAGAGAGCUACAGCAGUGUGAGUCUGCGCAGUGUCAGCAUCUCAGAGCAGAUGACCAAUAACAGCGCAGCUCCCUACAAAAAACUCAUGCUCAUGCAGGUCAAAGGUCGACGUCAUGUCCAGACCAGACUAGUGGAGCCUAGAGUGUCCUCUCUGAACAGCGGUGACUGUUUUCUGCUGGUUACUCCUGAGCAUUGUUUCGUUUGGACUGGAGAGUUUGCAAAUGUCAUUGAGAGAGCCAAGGCAUCAGAACUGGCCACUUUCAUCCAGCUGAACCACGACCUUGGUUGUCGAGCAGCACAGGUAGAGACGAUCGAAGAAAUAUUGAGCUCACAAAGCCCCGCAGCUGCAGAGUUCUGGAAGAUUCUGGGAGGACCAGCCAACUACCAAUCGGCCGGGUCUCCAGACGAGGAUGAGAAGUUUGAAAGUGCCAUUGUGGAGACGAACUGUAUCUUCCGUCUUGUGGACGAUAAACUGGUUCCAGAUGAUGAUUUCUGGGGGAAAGUGCCUCAUAGUUCACUUUUGGGCUCUAAAGAGGUGGUAGUGUUUGAUUUCGGUAGUGAAGUGUACGUGUGGCAUGGUAAAGAGGUCACACUGGCUCAGAGGAAGGUGGCGUUUCAGCUGGCCAAGCAUCUUUGGAACGGGAUCUUUGAUUAUACCAACUGUGACAUCAACCCUCUGGACCCCGGAGGACACAACACACUCAUACCAAGGAGCGGUCAAGGUCGUCCAGACUGGGCCAUAUUUGGCAGACUGACCGAACAUAAUGAAACAUGUCUUUUUAAAGAGAAGUUCCUGGACUGGAGAGAUGCUUCUAGACUAUCACCUAAAGAUGUCAUCGAACACCCUUUCCAGCAGAAGGAGUCUCCGGGCACAGAUUCUUGUCCUGAGUGCCAGGCGUACAGCGCCUCUCUGAUGCUGCCGGUCCUGCUUUCACCCAUCAGCACAGUUCUGGACGGUCAGAAUGUGGGUCGAGGACACGGUCCGGUGGAGAACAGCUUGGACGACUGCAUGCGCUCUCUGGAGAUCAGCACCGUUUCGGUUGAUGUCUGGCAUAUCCUGGAGUUUGACUACAGCCGACUGCCAAAGCAGAGCAUCGGCCAGUUUCACGAGGGAGAUGCUUAUGUAGUGAAAUGGAAGUACAUGGUGAGCGCGGCAGUGGGCAGCAGGCAGAAGCCAGAUCAGGUGCGCAGUGCGGGUCCUGGCAGAGAGAAGUGCUGCUAUUUCUUCUGGCAGGGCAGAAACUCAACUGUCAGUGAGAAAGGAACAUCUGCACUCAUGACUGUUGAACUGGAUGAAGAGAGAGGAGCACAGAUGCAGGUCCAGCAGGGGAAGGAGCCGCCCUGUUUCCUGCAGUGUUUCAAUGGGGGGAUGAUUGUGCAUUCUGGGAAGAGAGAAGAAGAACAGGAGAACAUUCAGAAUGACUGGCGUCUGUACUGUGUGCGUGGUGAGUUGCCUGUAGAGGGCCAUCUGCUGGAAGUGGCGUGUCACUGCAGCAGUCUGCGAUCACGCACAUCAAUGGUCCUUCUGAACGUCAACAAAGCCCUCAUCUAUCUGUGGCACGGCUGUAAAACCCAAAUACACACACGUCAUGUCGCUCAAACCGCUGCAGAAAAGAUCAAAGAACAACGGCCACUGGAGGCGGGACUUCACAGCAGCUGUAAUGUUACCAUUCAUGAAUGUGAGGAAGGUGGAGAGCCUGUGGAAUUCUGGGAAGCAUUAGGCAGGAAGGACCGCAAGGCCUACGACUGCAUGCUUCAAGACCCUGGCAAGUUUAACUUCACACCGCGUCUGUUCCAGCUCAGUAGUUCUUCGGGUGAGUUUGUGGCGCAGGAGUUCUUAAACCCGUCCAGAGCUGCAGACCUUGUUUGCUCCCUGCCGUUCCUGCAGGAGGAUCUGUACUCUGCCCCUCAGCCAGCUCUGUUCCUGGUUGAUAACUAUCAUGAAGCUUACCUGUGGCAGGGCUGGUGGCCGCAGGAUACUGAGAGUACCGGUUCUGCCCUCAUCCGCUGGAACUCAGACAGGAAGUGCGCUAUGAAAACUGUGCUGCAGUACUGCAGAGAAAAGAAUGAGAAGAAGCCUCAGAAGUCAUAUUUGAUCCAUGCUGGAUUGGAGCCUCUGACCUUCACAAACAUGUUCCCCGGCUGGGAGCACAGAGAGGACAUUGCUGAAAUCACAGAGAGGGAGGCAGAGGUGUGUAACCAGAUCAUUCUGGUUGAGGAUGUCUUGGCCCGACUCUGUCAGAGCAUUUUUCCUCUAGAAACACUGCAAACCCGUCCCCUUCCCCACGGCGUCGACCCCCUGAAACUGGAGAUGUACCUGACUGACGAGGACUUUGAGAGAGUAUUAGACAUGAAGAGAGAAGAGUUUGACGCUCUACCUGGAUGGAAGCAAGUGAACCUAAAAAAAGCCAAAGGACUCUUUUAAAAACCUGACUAAAGUCAUCAUGGUGAAAGAAUUAACACGGUCCAUUUCCUCCAUUUUGACCUCUUUCGGUUAAAUGAGGUGAUUGUGCAAUGAGAACAGGGUAAACGGUCAGGUCAAAGA